AGAACCCGGGCGCAGCGUAAUUCGAAUGGUUGUCCUUCAUGUAAAUAUUCAUUUUGCUCUAAAUGCCUCAAAUAUCGAAUCAAAAUUGAUGGAAAAUCCCGAGACAUUUGUUUGAGAUGCUUCGAGUUAUCCAAGAUUAAGCCUACGGAAACUAAAACAAGUACUCCUAUCCUGGAUCAAACAAGCUUUCUAGUAAGUAAUGAGGUUUUUAUCAAACCCAUCGUUGAACAAAAACCUGUGAAUGACGAGGAUGAAGCAAUUCGAGCACGAUUGCAAGCCCUCAAACAGCAAGAAAAUAUCAACGAUUCAGAACCUUCUACCUCAGUAAAAGCUGAACUACCAGGAAGUUUAACCGACAUUGAAAAACGCCUUGCCACAUUAAAAGGAAUGGAAUAUAAAGACUAUUCUGAAGCAAAUAAAAUGUUUCUGCUUCAAAAGGAUAACAGGAGCGAGGAAGAACAAAUACAAGAUAUUAUGAACCAGUAUGCUAAAGAACAGGAAAUACACGAUUCGAUUGCUAACUAUCGUUUGGUAGCCAUUGAGGACAUUGAAAAACGACUGGCGGCCUUGAAGGACAUUCAACCCGAAAGCCAAGAACAAUCUAUCAAAAAAGAAUCACAAAUAGAUUUAGAAGAAGAAGAUGAAGAAGAGGCUGCUCAGAAAGUUGUUAAAAGAUAUCUAGAGGAGGCAGAAAUAGAAGCCAAAAACAGUCAUGAAGGAAACGAUAGCGAAUUGAACAAUAUGGACAUUCCGACUCCUUUAGAUCCCAGUGAGGCACAAGAUGAGCUUCCGUGGUGCACGAUUUGCAAUGAAGAUGCUGUGAUUCGAUGUAUGGAUUGUGAAGGAGAUCUAUUCUGCAGAGGUUGUUAUAAAGAAUUUCACGAUAACGAUGAAGAGUACCGACAACACAAGACAGAGCCCUACAAAACAAAGGAAGGUGGAAAACAAAGUUAAAAAAAUGUAAAAAUACAAAAUGUUAAUAUUUUGAAAA